UGACGUUUUAAAUAUGUCUGCGCCCAACAGUUUACUUGCCAGAACUGAGUAACCUAGUCAUAUAAUGCAUUAAUGGCAUUAAUGUAAAGGUAUUUUUCAAAGUUUAAGAAACUAUGAGUACAACGAAGGAGAAAAGGUCAGCGUUGAUAAAAUUGAGGGAUUGAAAGAUAAACAGCGGAUUGCAGAAGGAAACAUUGAUGCUGGCAUCGCUGAAAGUCUUACUGCUUUGUAGAUAAGUGGUCCGUUAAUGUCAAUUACUUGCUAUGAUUUGGCCACCUGUUGCCAUAUACAGUGCGUUCUCCAUGAUUGUCAUUGUACCACCAUGAAGCUGGGUCUACGCAGUGAUAUUUUAAUGACAUUUCAGGCAAUUAUUUUAAACGUUAUAACACUUCAUGUUUGCUUGGUGGAAGUGAAGUUAAUUUCUUAUGGUAGGGGUAAACACACAAGCGACCACAAUGCUAAAACAAAUCCAUUCAGAUGGGCAGUGCAUGUAGCAUUCAAAAGUGAUAAUGAAUGGAGAUAUACCACAAGCAAUUAUCAUGCUUCAAAUCUUGCCAAAGAGAUAGGACUUUCUAAUAUUGGACAAAUUGGUGAGCUGAAAAAUCAUUAUUUGUUUGAGUGGAGUCUUUCAACAAAAGUGCAUUCAAACUCUUCCGUGAUCAACCCUGUGAUAAAACAGUACAGGAUGUGCAUCCAAGCUCAGUUUGUGAAAAGGCCAGUGCUACAUAACUGUGAUAGGACAUUUAUGAGAAUUGUCAUAGAGUUUGAAAAGGCCUACCAUGAAAAUGCUCACAUCAUCUGGUUUGAGAGACAAGUUCCACACGUGAGACAGAAGAGGACCAUCACAUUUGAGGACCCAAUGUAUCCUUUCCAGUGGCAUUUGAAUAAUGAGAGGUUGCUUCACAUGGACAUCAAUGUAACUGGAGUCUGGGAGCUUGGAAUUACUGGAAGUGGAAUCACAGUUGCAGUGGUAGAUGAUGGUGUGGAGUGGACAAAUCCUGAUAUUAAAGAUAACUAUAACCAAGAAGCCAGCUGGGAUCUAAAUGAUGAUGAUGCUGAUGCUAUGCCUAAUUUAAUUUAUGAAAAGAACCAGCAUGGAACAAGGUGUGCUGGUGAAAUAGCUGCAGUGCCAAAUGGAUUUUGUGCCGUUGGAGUUGCAUAUGGUGCUAAAGUUUCAGGUAUCAAGGUCCUAGAUGGACCACUAACUGACAGUCUAGAAGCAGCAGCAUUUAAUAAAAAUAUGGAUUUGAAUGACAUAUAUAGUUGCAGUUGGGGUCCAGAAGACGAUGGGGUGACAGUCGAUGGGCCACACUACUUGGCUUCCAAAGCCCUUAUCCAUGGAAUUGAGAUGGGCCGUCGUGGUUAUGGGAGCAUCUUUGUAGUGGCAAGUGGAAAUGGAGGUGUUAAUACGGACAACUGCAACUAUGACGGCUAUGCAAACUCACCAUAUACUGUCACAAUAGGUGCGGUAGAUGAGCAUGGUAACAUGCCAUACUAUGCGGAAGAAUGUGCCUCCAUGCUGGCAGUAACGUUUAGCAGUGGGCAGGGCGACUCCAGACCAAUUGUAACAACUGAUUGGACUGCACAUGGAGCAACAGGCUGUACAGACCAUCACUCUGGAACUUCAGCUGCCGCACCUAUUGCUGCAGGCAUGAUUGCCCUCAUGUUACAAGCUAAUCCUUGUCUAACAUGGAGAGAUGUUCAGUAUUUGAUAAUCAUGACAGCCAAAAAGAUAGAUGUUGACCAUGCAGCCUGGUACACUAAUCAAGCAGGUCUUCAUCAUAGUCACAAACAUGGGUUUGGUGCAAUGGACGCAUGGAGACUAAUAAAUUCUGCAAAGGUGUGGAAGAAUGUACCUUGGAUGACAGUAUUUACUGGAGAUGUUCUAAAUGUAAAUGAGCCAAUCGCAAAGUCUCCUUCCAGGCUCAUAGUUAACUAUACAGUGACACCACAGACGCUAGAAGGAUAUGCAUUGCUUAUGCUUGAGCAUGUGCAGGUUAGAGUCACACUGUCACAUCCCAAAAGAGGUGAAUUAGAUGUACAGCUCAUUUGUCCAAGUGGAACAAUCUCUGUGAUAGGGCCACCUCGGUCCAAAGACGUAUCUGAUAAAGGUUUAUCUAGCUGGCCAUUUUCAACAGCACGUUGCUGGGGAGAAAAUCCAGCUGGGACAUGGAAGCUUGUUAUCGUAGAUAUCAAUGGAAAAGAGGUCACACUAGGAAAACUUGUAUCAUGGCAAGUCAUUUUAUAUGGGACACCUAUUACUGCGACACUAUUCCAGGAGAGGAUGAG